GAGAACAAGAUUAAAUCUCCAUUGAAUUGCACUAGCAGGCAAAAGCCAGAAUUCUCCGGGUCAACCUACAACCAUCGUAUCUUUCGUUUUCAGACCAAAACCAAACUCUUCAAGAUCUGCAAGUCGCGAACGAAACUGCAAAUCCAGACAGCGAAAUUGGAAGAUGGGACUGUUCACCUACACCAUUACAGGUGGCGGUUUCAUUCUAAUCGGUGCUCUCGAAUCUCUCUCAAAUCCAAACCCUACCUCCAAUGCGUCGUCCCCGCUCUAUCAAAUCAAUAACCCAACGGCCAAAACAACGACGACCCAAUCAUCAGCAACCAAAGCAAACCACGAUAGCCCUAAUCAAGAUCCCUCGUCUUUGUCCAGUAUCUUCGCUUGUGUGUUUUCUUUCCUCUUCAUUGUAAACUCUCUGAUUUCCCUCUCUGACGCGGUCAAUUCAAACGAUCCGCUCGGUUCCGCAAUUCAAUUAGAAAUUGUCGCCGUCGCUGCUCUGUUUUUACUGUAUUCUGUUUUGGGUCUCUUGACGAAUUUCAGUACCUCUCUUCGUUUUCCUUCAGUGAUCCUUAAUUUGAUCGCGCUUUUCGCCUUCGUUGAGGAGUUCUUGUUGUUUUAUUUGCGAAGACGGGACACGAGUGGAAUUGAGAACCGGUACUUCGAUCUCUUGCUUGUGCCGAUUUUAAUUUGUAUAUUUUCAACGAUUAUUGAAUUGCGGUCGCCUAAAUCGAGUCUCUACGCAAGAUUGGCCCGCGGGAUUGGGCUGAUUUUGCAAGGAACAUGGUUUGUUCAGAUGGGUCUUUCUUUUUAUACCAAUUUUAUGGUUAAUGGUUGCUCUCUGAACGAGAAGACUAGAGGGAACUACACUAUCAGGUGCAAGGGUCACCAUGAGUAUCAUCGUGGAAGAGCCAUAGCGACACUUCUGUUCAAUUGCCAUCUUGCACUUCUUGUGGUUUUGGUGGCAGGUAUAUACUCAGUUAUGGCUAAAAAGAAUGGUUAUGGGGGUGAAUUUAUGCGGUACAAACCACUUGGGGCAGAAAUUAUUCAAUCGGAAAGUAAUGCCCGGUUCACUUUGGAUUCUGAUGAAGAUGAAGUUGAUAAUGAGAUUAAGCAAGAUGAGCCAAAGCAGGAUGGAGCUGUGGUCGAAAUGGUUGUGAAUGGUCAUGGUAAUGGUUCUCAUCAGUAAGGUAAAUUUAGUGAUGAAAGAGACCUACAAUAUAUUAUUUCACCAUUUUCUGCAGAUAGUAUUAUAGUGCCCCUUGUUAGUAUUCAGUUUCUUUAUUCUACGACAGAAAAUUGCAUUUGAUGUGUUGUUUUUUUGUUGGGGCCAAGUUUGUUAUUCUUUUGGAGGUGAUGUAUUUGAUUGAUAUAUAGCGUCGGUAUUGAGGCUUUCAUCAUGUGCUUUGUUAUGGUUAAGGUUUCUUUAUGAAGAAAUAAUUGCCUCUGGAUUGCUUGGUAA